CACGAAGCGCCUCUGAGAAGGCAGCGGGUUUGGGGCUGCCCGGACCUCCCCCGGUGGACCCCGGAGCAUGGAACACAUCCACGACAGUGAUGGGAGUUCCAGCAGCAGCCAUCAGAACCCCAAGAGCACAGCCAAGUGGGCGGCCUCCCUGGAGAAUCUGCUCGAAGACCCGGAAGGCGUGAAGAGAUUUCGGGAAUUUUUAAAAAAGGAAUUCAGUGAAGAAAAUGUUUUAUUUUGGUUAGCAUGUGAAGAUUUUAAGAAAACACAAGAUAAGAAGCAGAUGCAAGAAAAGGCCAAGGAGAUCUACAUGACCUUCCUGUCCAGCAAGGCCUCGUCACAAGUCAACGUCGAGGGGCAGUCCCGGCUCAACGAGAAGAUCCUGGAAGAACCGCACCCCCUGAUGUUCCAGAAGCUCCAGGACCAGAUCUUCAACCUCAUGAAGUACGACAGCUACAGCCGCUUCUUGAAGUCUGACUUGUUUUUAAAGCACAAGCGAACCGAGGAAGAGGAGGAGGAGCCGCCCGACACGCAGACGGCAGCGAAAAGAGCGUCGAGAACUUAUAACACAUGAGCCUCCCGCCCCCGCCGGCCCCCGCCCAGCGGUUGGCACUGGCAGCCCCCCGGCGCCAAGGGACUCACUCAGGACCAUGCAGGGUUAAGAAUCGCUUUGUUAUCUGCAAGGACUGAAAUGUACAAAACCCGUCCAUGGGAUACGUGUAUUUUAUUAGCUGCCUGACCAGUCAGUUUUGCAUGAUGGCUAAUCUUACGUAGAGAACACACAUGUUGCUUUGAAGUUUAAGUUCACAGACACACACGGGUGGAAGGAGCCCUUAAACACUGGACACUGAGCAUUUUACAGUUUGAUUAAACGUCACGCGAGGCCGCCAGGUGACACGUACAGCCACCUCUUA